AUUGCUGUUUCUUCCGUGUUUUGGUACUUUCAAUGUCCACGUGUGGAGCGAUGGUUGGCGCGUAGGUAUAACUAACUGUCGAAACAAGUGGUAACUAUUGCAUAGAUUAGUUGCUGACAUUGGAUUCCACGUCGUCCUUUGAUGAGUGCACUGUAGCUCUUCAGUUCAAGCUUGAGAGUGUUCCAGCUGGUAUUGAAGAUGGUGAUACUCUCUUGACUGAAAGGUGACAAGAAAUACCACAACUUUGGUCCACUUGCCGAGAUGUGGAACCGCAACCGUCGCGGUGGGCUGGGAGUCAUGCUACUAGCUGGCCAGAUCAUGAAUGUUGGGGUUCACAGAAUCCCCCCUGUCACUCUGGCUCUCAUAGCAGCGCAGACUGCCAUAUUCCUCAACUUUGUGCCCCAGUACUUUCCCUCGGCCUCAGCUGUGUGCAUGAGCACAUACUUGGUGUAUUAUCACAAGCAGUGGAAAAGGUUGAUUCUUGGGACAUUUUUUCAUGCUGAUGACAUGCACUUGUAUUUCAAUAUGUCCUCCUUGUUGAUGAAGGGUUUGACGCUAGAGAAAAGGUUAGGCAGUGUCUACUUCGCCUACCUGGUGGCUGUGUUUACUGGGUUAACAAGUCUCACCUAUGUGGGGUUAAACAUGCUUCUGGAGAAUGCCAUGGAGGACCACACUUAUUCUACUUCAUGUGCUGUUGGAUUCUCAGGUGUUCUGUUUGCCCUGAAGGUGCUGACAACCCACUACACCCCGCCUGGUCUCCACUACGCCCUGGGCCUCAUCCCUGUGCCCUCCCGCUACAUCUACUGGGCGGAGCUGGUGCUCAUACAGAUGAUCACACCUAACGCCUCCUUUGUUGGUCACCUGGCAGGGAUCCUGGUGGGGCUGCUGUACAUCAAAGGCCCCCUCAAGCCAAUCAUGGACGGCUUUGUUCCCCCCGGCCCAUCCUACACAUACACUGCCAGGAAUAGUGGGUAUCGGUCAGCAGGAUACACAACAGGAAGGUCAUGGGCGUCUCCACAGCAACAGUACAGUCAACCCAGUUACUCUGACCAGUCGGCAUACACAGGGGGGAUGAGUGAAGAGGAACAAUAUGCACAUGCUCGAGAGGAGAGUUUACAACAACAGCGGGCUGCAAGUCAGUCAAACAGAUUAUACCCUGACUUGGAUGAACUGAGGACCAGGCGGAGCCAGCACUACAACCGGUACAGGUGACCCACCCAUCACCACAUGCUGCAAGUCAUACACAGAAUGUUCCAUCAGGGUUGGUCCAGGACUAGCUGCACUGUGUUCAAUCAACAUCACUGGAAAUCUAGUUCUUAUGACACAAGGAAAUGUCUGUGAUAAUUGUCCACUUUCUGCCUCUGGCUUUUGUGUCCAAACGAGUCUUGACAUUUGUGAUAAUUCCUCCAAUUCAUGUUGAUUAUAUUUAUCCCCUGCCACAAAGUGGAAGGGGCAUAUAUAUAGGAAUGGGUGCUGUCCGGUCAUCCGUCACAUUUUGCAGAACUAAAAAACAUUGAGAGAUAUCUUUACCAAACUUGGCACAUAGAUAGGUCUAGAGGUGAACUUGUGCCUUUUAAUAUUUUGGGAUUUUUGAAAAAAAUAUUUUUUGGGUUUCCAUGGCAAUGACUUUGAAUUAGAUCUUGAAAACCGUACAAUAGUUUCUUGCCUUGCACACAACCAAACUUGUCAUAUUGGCAGAGGAUAUGAGUAUUUCAUGCUGGGUUUAUUCAUUUACAUGACUUCUAUCAGUAGCCCACUACUGCACAUUUAUGCUGCUUAUCAGAUAUUCCAAGGAUGUAUGCAGAAAUGGUCAGCUUGUAAACUACAUUUUCAGUAUAACUGUGGUUUUUGUUAUGUGUAUGUAUAUACCAAUGUGAGCCAUUGAUGGAGAGCCUUUUGCCUGAUUCAUCUAUGGAACAUUUGUACAGAAUAGAUUUAAUAGUUAAGGACAUUUCUGAACACAUUUAUUCAUGACCAAUGACAUGAAGCUGAAAGUGAAUGAAACUUUGUAUUGAUACUAUUAUUUUGUAAAUUAGAAAAUUACAUUAACCAUUUGUAGACAUGUUAUAAGAAAAACAACUUUCAAAUCUUUGUACUAAGAAUGAACUGAAGACCAACAGUACCAGCAAUAACAAGGUUUCAUCUUUGACAUAAAACUGUUAUAUGUACAUGUAUUAACAUACAACCAACAGACAACUUUCCUAGUAAAAAUACCAACAGUA